AAAAACAACAAACUGAGAAGUGAGAACCCAGUUUUUAUCAUUGAGGAAUUCUAUCAAACACCUCGUGUGCAUCUACCCGUGGUAGAGGGAGAAAAAUGCAGAGAAGAAAGCUAGUGCAAAUGUCCGUCUUCGUAGUCAGAAAUUCUCAUUUUUCAACUUACAUUAAAUCUCUUACCAAUCUCGACGUUCCACUUGUUGUUGAUGAUGACGAUCCUCUCUACGCCGACGUACCCAAGCCUCGGAAGGAUAAAUCGGAGAGGAAGCCGUAUCCGACUCCGAUGAAAGAGUUGAUUCGUCGUGCGAAAGAGGAGAAACAACUGAGAAAAUUACAACCAUGUCGAGUUCUGGAAGAUCCGCCGGAUAAUGGGUUACUUGUACCGGAACUUGUCCACGUGGCUCACUGUGUUCACCGAUGCCGCAACUCUUUACUCUCCGGCCUCUCAAAAAUUAUUCAUCAUGUUCCUGUUCAUCGCUGCAGAUGCUGCUCUGAGGUUCACAUUGGCAAGGAAGGGCAUGAAAUCAGGACUUGCACAGGCCCCGGAAGCGGUUCAAGAAGUGCAACUCAUGUCUGGAAAAGAGGAAGAGUGAGCGAUGUUGUGUUGUUCCCAAAAUGUUUUCAUCUCUAUGACCGUGCUGUCAAACCGAGAGUUUUACACGACGAGAGGUUUACCGUCCCUAAAAUCUCUGCGGUUCUCGAGCUAUGCAUGCAGGCCGGUGUAGACCUCGAGAAAUUCCCAUCAAAGCGAAGAUCGAAACCUGUCUACAGCAUCGAAGGAAGGAUUGUAGAUUUUGAGGAAGUCAGUGAUGGAACUUCAGAAACUGCAGCUACUUCUACUACUACACUUUUACAAGAAGACGAUAGUUGCAAGGAAGAGAAGAAGAGCUUGAAGGAAAUAAGCAUCAUGACGAUGGAUUCAUGGUUUGAAAUGGUUUCAGGGGUCAGGAAACUGAUGGAGAGAUACAAAGUGUGGACUUGUGGGUAUUGUCCAGAGAUUCAGGUGGGUCCAAAGGGACACAAAGUGAGGAUGUGUAAAGCUACAAAGCAUCAGAUGCGAGACGGAAUGCAUGCAUGGCAAGAAGCGACUAUUGAUGAUGUGGUUGGUCCAAACUAUGUGUGGCAUGUUCGGGAUCCUACUGAUGGUUCUGUUCUUGAUAAUAGCUUGACGAGGUUUUACGGCAAGGCUCCUGCGGUUGUGGAGAUGUGUGUACAAGGUGGUGCAGCGGUACCUGAUCAGUACAAGAGUAUGAUGAGGCUUGAUGUGGUUUACCCUCAACGUGAUGAGGUCGAUCUAGUCGCUUGACCUCCCCACUCUGUUAAUUUGUAGAGAAAAACCAAGAAAGAACGAGAAAAACCGACAAGGAAAAAACAUCAACCAGUCGAUGAAUUUCUCAAAGUCCUCGUAAUAUGUAUCCAGAUUCGAAAGUUUAGUAAGAAUCCACCUGUAUCAAGGAACAAAUGUGUUCACUGUCAAGAGUAAACCUCAUGGCUUUUCUACUAAUUUCAAUUUGAGUCAUAGGCUAAUAAGCAUAUCAUUUAGCAGUUUUGCAA